UGUCCGUGUCUUCAAGCGUAUAAGACUUUAACGCGACUUUAAUACAUCAUUAACGAGGGGGGCAAACGGCGGCUACUUCUUUGCAUUUUGAAUUCCAAAUGCGGCGCACAUUCCGAUUGAUUUUCCUGUGGCUCCUCAUUUUGCUGCCCACUCUGUGCCGCACACACCGCAGCUGCCAGACACCCGACAAAAACUCUGGCAAAUGUGUGCACUUCAGUUCUUGCCGCUUCGUACUGCAACAAUAUGCGAUGUACAAGGAACAUAUGCCGCCGCACAUAAUGCGCUUCCUGCAACGAUCCCGCUGCCGGCCCAAAGUUGAUGGCUAUCAUUUGUGCUGCGAACUGAAAGACGUGAUUCCUGCGAAUGUCAACUCAAAGCUGAAAUGAACUUCAAAGCAUCAAAACAUCUGCACAAAACUAAAUAGCAUUUAUAUGUAUACCAUAUCAGUCUCUCUCCCUCUCCCCCUCUCUGUCUGACUGCUUUGAUCUGCCUGAAUACAUUUGUAUAGUUGCCUGGGCAAAAAGCCUCGGCUAAAAAGUUUAUGUGGCUGCCAUAAUGUCUGUAAUUAUUUAGCUAUACUCACAUUUUGUACUCUUCACUCUUCACUGUCUCGUCUUGUCUCGUCUCGUCAGACAGGCGCUGUCAGGGCAACUGGAAUUUGAAUAUGAGUUGCUGUCUGUGCUCUCAAAAUGUUAAUAAAUGCAAUAAAUUAAAAA